AUGCCUUCCUCUGCUCAGAUCGCUUCUGCUCUCGCUGUCCUGGCCUUCGGCUCCGUUGAAGCUGCCAUGGGCCCUGCCUUUAGCACAGGUCCUGUCUCGGAUAACUCCUGGAUUCGCGAGGCUACCUCUACUCUGGUUCUUCCCCAAGCCCCGAGCAACAACCAGGGAGAUGCCUCCCUGUGGGUUGGAAUGGGAACCUCGAAUGGCGACUUGAUCCAGGCUAUCGCCGACAACUGGCAGUCUGAUGCCUGGAGCGUCUAUGCCUACACUCUGACCAGUACUAGCGCAAACACUCAGAUGCCCGUCCAGGGACCGGCUAAGGAUGCCACUGCUGGCCAGCGGGUGACUAUGCACUACAAGUAUGACGACGCGAGCGGAAACUACACUCAGACCGCCCAGAUCAACAACAGGACCGUUUCCACUCUUUCCACCAGCUCCGGCCAUGCUCAAGGCUGGGGAAGCUCCGUUGAGUGCGCUGAAGAAAACUGCGGCACUGUCGGCGCCCACUCGUGGAUCAACACCAAGAUUAUCCUCGACACUGCCGACCCAGACUACAUCAACACUAUGGGCAAGGGUGAGGGAGUCACUGGCGAUAUGAAGACCAGCGAUGGUGGCAAGACCUGGACUGUCAGCCGUAUUGACAUUCCCGAGUACAGCUUCUAA